UCCAGUGGCGUGGGGAGGUGUACGCGCGCCGCCUCGCUCCUCCUUCACAUCCAAAGCACAGCAAAUCUUAUCUGCUGGUGACGUGUUUGCUUGGCCCUGUGACCUUCUGACCUGCCGUGUGGUGCCGCUGUGGUGAACUGCGGCGCGUGUGGUGAAGAGAGCGAUCGAUAGACGAGUGUUUGUGGUGAAAUAAGGCGUGUUUGGGAAGCACGUGUGUGUGUGUGCGUGUGUGUGUAUGUGUGUGUGCGUGUGUGUGUCCUUCCCUCCUUCCCUGUGACCGUCCCUGUAAACACCGCUACCACACUCUCGGCGGCUGGACCGUUUCUUCCUCUACCACAGUGCCCGUCCACCACAGUUAAGGUGGGUUGUGGCGGCGGCGGCUGCGUGGCUGUGAGGUGCGUGAGAGACAAACGGAGACAAAGGUGCACUGUGGCGUGGAGGGUGGUGGAGCUGAGUUUGCCAGUCACGAGAUGCCGUGAUGGACGCGUGGCGGCCCGACCCUCGCGCGCCCCCGUUCGUGCCCCGCCGCCAGGCUUCCUUGCGGGCACGCGGGGCCGCCUCGCUGCGCCGCCCGCCCCUCCUCCUGCUGCCCCGCGGACGCCGGCUUGCCAGACUUGUGCAGGGCGGCCUCAUGCUCGUGCUGAUGGUCACGAUCGCCAUCAACAUUUCCUUCAUCGUGGACAAGACGCGGCAACUUAGAACACCCACUGCUGCCCUCGGGAGCGAAGGUGACGGCGGCGGCGCGGGCGUGGGGCGGCGCAACAACCUAAGGCUGCAGGAGUCGCCGCCUAAGACGCUGAUGGUGGAGGUGUUGUCCAGCCAGAACAGAGUGGCCGUGACGGUGGACGGCGCUACGAUCGUGGAGGAGGGCGAGGAGGGCAAGGGGCGCGGCAUCCACGUGGUGGUGCUACAGCAGGCCAGCGGUGCCGUCAUGGCCCAGCGGGUGUUCGAUACCUACUCCCCGCACGAGGACGAGGCCAUGGCGCUCUUCCUCAACAUGGUGUCUCCCGGCCGCGUGCUGGUGCUGGCCGUCAAGGACGAGGGCACGUUUCAGAUGAAGGCGAGUGGACGGGAUGCGCUGCGCCGCCUCGGCAGUGUUCACGCCCACGAGCUAGGGUGGCGUGACAUGUGGGCGAUGGUGACUGCGAAGGGCGGCCGUGUGUAUGAGGAGCAGGUGUCCCGCAGCGCUGACUUCAACUCCUGGGGCACGCCGGUCACACUCAAGGCUGAGGUGGCGCUGGUGCCGCUGCAAGAGAGUGAGUGUAGCUGGCCGGACACUGACGAACAUCGCAGGAGGCGCGAGUUCUGUGGCCACAUCGAAGGUUACGGCUCCGUGUGUUCCUGUGACGACCCAGCCCCCCUUGCCUUCACCACAGAGCCUCUGCUGAACAACCAGGUGCAUGAGGUUCCCGUGGCCAUCAUUGCCAGCAACAGGCCUCACUACUUAUACAGGUGUCUGCGCUCCCUGCUGGCCGCGCCGGGCGUCAACCCUGACAUGAUCACUGUGUUCAUUGACGGCUACUACGAGGAGCCCCUGGCCGUCACCAAGCUGUUCGGCCUCAGGGGCAUCCAACACACGCCGCUUGGGGUGAAGAACGCGCGUAUCGCCCAGCACUACAAGGCCUCUCUCACCGCCACCUUCAACAUCUUCCCCGCCGCCCGCUUCGCCAUCAUUCUCGAAGAAGACCUCGAUGUGUCACCGGACUUCUUCAGUUACUUCAGCCAGACACUCACCCUGCUGGAGGAGGAUCCCACCCUGUACUGUGUGAGUGCCUGGAAUGACCAAGGCUAUGAACACACCGGCAGUGAUCCAGCACUGCUGUACCGCGUGGAGACCAUGCCAGGCCUGGGCUGGCUGCUGCGCCGCUCACUCUACAAGGAAGAGCUGGAGCCACGCUGGCCCACCCCAGAGAAGAUGUGGGAUUGGGACAUGUGGAUGCGUCUGGGUGAGGUGCGGCGCGGCCGGGAGUGCAUCGUGCCGGAGGUGUCCCGCACGUACCACUUUGGCUCCUCAGGCCUCAACAUGAACUCCUUCUUCCAAGACACCUACUUCAAGAAACACGCCUUCAACACCCUCACCUACGUGGAGCUCAGUGACCUUGACAGUCUGAAGCAGGGGCCAUAUGAGGAGCUGCUGGCUGGUAUGUUUAGCCGAGCCACCUUGCUGGACCACACCACCUCCCCCUGCGACGAAGACUUCAUUCCUGACACUCGAGGCCAAACCUUCCUCCUCUUCAUACACAUGGCACACCACAAGGACUUCACCACAUGGCUGCAGGUGGCCAAGGAAGUACAAGCCAGCCUCCCUGCAGCCACUCAACCUGGACACAGCAAGCAAGGAGAAGACAAAAGCAUCUGACAAAACUGGCAUGCGGAGAUAACAGUGGGCAGCCUGCAUCCUGGUGUGCUUGUGUCCCCUUCCCAGCCCAACCAAUGUGCCCCACCACCCGGCCUGCAGCAAGUGUGUGGAGGGUGCGGUGGGGCGGCGGGGUGGAUGGCCGGAGCAGGCACGGAGGCUUGGCGAGAGAGGCAAGGUGGAAUGCGUUGUCCUGAUGUCUGGCACACAGCUUGCCUGAGUGGUGUCUUGACCCAGAGAAGCUGUGAUGCCUUUCUGCACGACAGCCACAGUAAUGAGAGGCAGGGACAAGCCUGGCCACCUCUCACCCCAGCCAACAUUGUCUCCCUGUCUCUGUCUCUCUGCCUGUAAUGGCAUCAUGUGUGUCAGAUAAGGAUUUACUUUGUCUCUGCCACAGCCAGUAACAUCCCUUUUUUAUUUUUUUAUUUAUUUAUUUAUUUAUUUAUUAUUAUUAUUUUUUUUUUCUUUUCUUUUCUUUUCUUUUCUUUUCAAGUAAUCAGGUAUUUUCAUUAGUUUCAUUGUUUUGCUUCCUCUUGUAAGGUGUCUCUCCUCCUCCUCCUCCUCCUCUUGACAUGCCAGCCGACCAACAGGUGACAGACUUAGUAAGGAGUGUCAGUGUUAGGGUCAGCAUAGGAGGGAGUACAGGACAGGAGCAUCAACAAGUGUGUGAAGCCUUGUGUUGGUUGAUGCUUCAUGGGAAAUUCUGAAGUACAAAGGGUUUACUCAGAUGUGUACAGUGAGCCUUUCAAUCUGCACCAUGAGGGAAGACUUAACCUGAUGACUUGGUGUUGGUGCAGAGGUGAGGUUGUAGGACCAUUCAUUGUGCUAAGGUGGUGAAAGUCCAUUGAGACUUGCUGCAGAGAUGAGGUCAGUGUAGGAACUUUGGAUGUGCUAGAAAUGGUGCUGCUAUGUUAUCCCUGAACCGCUUGUCAGUGUGUCAAAGGGAGUGUCGCACGUAGGCUGCAUACCAUCGCCGUGCAGUCUCCCUUAUGUACUGUGUGGUGGUCUUAUCAAAGUGUGAUGAUGUAUUCCUGCACAAGACACACUCCAUGCUGCAUUCUGUCAGGUUGAAAGGUGAUGCAGCAGGGAGAACAUCAUACACAGCAGCAACCACCAGUAAAAGUUGUAGUGCAGGUGUUUGCAGAUGUUAGUUGUGUGAGCAGCAGUACAGUACACAGGCAACACCACCACCACCACCAAUUUGUGCAUGUGUGUGUGUGUGGACAGAAGGAGAGCAAAGUGCAGCAAGCAGUUAAACACUAUUCUCUGUGGCAGCAUUGUGUCAGCUUGUGUUGGGCAGUGAUAGUAAGUUAUGUUACAGUGGCAAGAUUUAUUCAGUUAGUCACAUGUGCUUAUUUACUUUUGGUCUCAAGAAUCCUCACACUCAUGUACAGACAACACUUGAGGCAGUGUGUGGUGUGUGAUAUGUGGUGUGUGCUAUAUAUAUAUAUAUAUAUAUAUAUAUAUAUAUAUUUUUUUUAUGAAAGAAAGGGAAAGCUGGCCAAGGAUAAGAUAAAAAAAAAAAAAGGCCCACUUGGUUGCCACUCCCCUUACAAGUCUGAAGGAGUUAGCAAAAAUGAUAAAAAAGGAUAAAUGUCUUGAAAUCUCUCUCUUAAAUGCAGUCAAGUCAUAGGAAGUUGGAAAUACAGAAGCAGGCAGGGAGUUCCAGAGUUUACCAGAGAAAGGUAUGAAUGGUUGUGUGUGGUGGGUGGUGUCAGGUGUGUGGCAUUUGGUGGGUGGUGGAUGGUGUGUGGCAUGUGGUAGGUGGUGUGUGUUGUGUGGUGGGUGGUGUGUGUUGUGUGGUGGAUGGUGUGUGGUAUGUGGUGGGUAUUAUGUGGUGGGUGGUGUGGGUGACAGUGGCAGGCAGGACACACAGGAGCUGGACUGUGAUGUUACUGGUUUGCUGUGAGUCAGAUGAUGUGUUGUGGCAGUGAGGCAUGCAGUGCUGCAGGCAUGUGUGUUAACAGGACAGACAGGGAUUGGGUGUAUCUAUGAGUCCUCCAAUUGGUGGCUCAGGGAAACUCAUCACUUCAAGAAAACUGAGUAACUAAGGACUGUAUUCUGGAACAUUUCUGUGCCACACCACAAUUUUUAAAAGCUUCUUGUUGAAUUUAUGUAGGAGGUGUUUAUGGUUGUAGUGGCAGAUUAACCAACAGGAGAAACACUUUUGAAAACCUGGCCAGUCAUCUCUGUAGCAUUGUAAAACAGUCAACCACAGUGGAAGAGCAGAGUGUUUGUUUUUUAAUAUGUGUCCAAGUCACAGUGUUACUGCAUAAGUGGCAAGUUGUUGCUUGCAUGUCCACUGUUUGAGUGAGAACAGAUUCUAAGCCAUGUGUUAAUAUUAUUUUCUUAUUUUAAAGAGCAGUAAGUAAAGGUUGUCAUGGCAGAAGGCUGCCGCUUCAUGUCAAGCAGGAAAACAGGUUGUUGUUGUGACAAGGGUGAAGGUUACCAUGAGAUGAGACAAUGUAAGACCUGACACCAGACAUUUCACAUACUUUGAGGUUUAUCAUGUGCUCAUGAGAAAUGAGAGAGCCUGGAGAAAACCAGCUGAGGGAAGAAACCCAAGGGAAAACAAAGAGUGAGAUAGAGGGAUGGGAUUGUGGCAGAACUGCCAUGGAUGGGCAGCACAGGGGAAGCUGCAAGGGACACAGACAACUGGAGGAGACUUGUGCAUGGCACCAACACUUCACCCACCCUGGGGAAGUGGCCAAGGAGAAGUGAACUAACAGUAGUCACUGAUGCACUGGAGGGUGACGGUGCUACCUGUUACAGUCACCAAGGAGACAAGGAGAGUGGCCAUUGGUGGUGGCAGGUGAGGCGCUCUGCAUGAAAAAGCCUUCUCUUGCCACUCUCGUCACUAUGAUUGAAAUGGCUAGAAGUCAGCCAAACGUCAUCUGUCUUCUGUCAACUGUAUCUUCAUUCAUUUUGUUCAGAGAGAGAGAGAUCAAAUUCAUCUUGAAAUAGUAUGAUUAUUCCACUAAACUAACUAGUGGCUGGCUGGCUGGCAGGCUGGUGAGCAGGCUGGCUGGCUAGCUGGCUGGUUGGCAGGCAAGCAGGUAGGCUGGCUGGCUGGUUGGCAGGCAAGCAGGUAGGCUGGCUGGUUGGCAGGCAAGCAGGUAGGCUGGCUGGCUGGCUGGCUGGCUAGCUGGCUGGCAGGCAGACUUGCUGGCUGGCAGGCAGACUUGCUGGCUGACUGGCAGG